AUGAGAUUGAACUCAUUGAUACAUUCAGUAAGUCUGAAACGUUCCUUGAUAUCUUGUACUUAUUUUUUCUUUGCAGCACGAAGGCGCUCGCAUCUACGACCAUUACCGUCUCAUCAAUACCCGAAUGAAACCCUCAUCUACUAUGGGUACAUCGGGUGUGCCCCGAUGUAUCCUUCUGUUGCCAUCUCGCUUCGUACACUCGCUGCCUACCGUCAGUCGCACCGAACGUGUCCCCGGUUCAGUAUCCAAUCACAAUGCAAGACUUUAUGUUACCUUCACGAUAUUCCAUAUCGGCCAUACUUAAAAAUGCAAUUCUCGGCAGCCUAUGACGUUUUUCUAGAAAUCCUCCAUCGCAUCAACCAGCGUCUGCGUCAGGCGCUCAAACGGGAUACCGUCAACUGGCGUAUGUUAAACACAUGCCCUGCAUGCUUUUACAAGCUCGACGAUGAACCUGCCCUCGAUUUUGAAUGGCUGGUAUCAAUUGACGGUAACAAUAGCCUGAAGCGAUGGGACUCGUCCAUCUAUGGUACCACCGCCCGAUCUGAUUCUCGCACAGCUCGUUCGGAUUAUUGGAUUCAUGCUGACGCUGUUGACAAGUUUGAGAAUGAAGUCAAAUCCCGACAAGUAAGUACAGACUUGAGGAAUGAUGACGACUGGGAGGAUGAGCCUACAGACCCGGAUCAUCCGGGAGCAUUCACAUGCGUCAAUCGAUGGAGAAACGCUGGCCCAGACUCACGUAAGAAGAUGUUUGCCGUAUUCCAAGAGUCAGGUAUUUUUAUCGCUUCAUGCCGCCAUCGCUUUGUGCUUCUCGCGUGUGAUAUGAUCCGAAGCGGAGAACUUGCGAAAUAUCCGAUAGCGAUCAUCGACAAACUCCUUACGGUAUAUGGAAAAAAUGGAGGUUGCGCGUACGAUAUCGGUUGCGCAUUCUCGAAGACGUUAGCUAAUAGUACGUUGGGCCCUCGUGCACACGAUCUCGGCUUUCGGAUGAUGGUUGGCGCCUUCCAUGGCCAUGCGCACAAUCGAAGGUGUCAGCUUGACUGGCACCCAAUGUAUAUCUCUGGAACUGGCCAUACUGAGGGCGAGGGUUGUGAGCAUAUCUUCUCUGCAUCUAACGAGCUUGCGCGUAGCACAAGGCAUGCUAACCGUUUUCAUCGCCACCAAGCCAUCGAGGAACAUUUCGCUUUUUGGGAUGCCGAUAAGUAUGCUGCACUUAGUAAUUAUUUGUGGACUCAUUAUCGCGAAGCGUUGAAAUCUGUUCGGUUGCUGACAGCCGAGCUAGAAACUAUCAAGGCCGAGCUACGCCUUAGCGACAACGACUUCCCUGGAUUCUUUGAUCAGGAACGCAUAUAUCUGGAUGGUCUGAAGCAGCCAGCUCCACGAGAUCGACUCUCUAUACGUUACGUUGAAAUACAGUCAGGAGCAUUUCUUUGUUCCUCUCAGUAUUGUUGUUUCUACAACGCCCUGAAGCAAGCUCGCAUCCGAGUUAAUUCUUCAUACGCCAAAUUACAGCAUGCCGAGGGGCUUGUUGCUCAUUGCGAAACACUCUUAUCUGUCGAUGAGAGAUGGUUGAUUGGCGGUGACGAAUACAAACGUUUCAAGGAGGAAGCGACACUCGGCAAGUAUCGUACUGCAUUGGAUGAACUCGAACGUUUGGUCGUCAUGAGAUUGUUUGAACUCUCAAAGCUCUCGUUAUCGGGCACAGGAUACAAACUACGUCAACAGAUUAGUAAAGCUUUACAGCGGCGCUCGGACACUAUUCGCAACGCGAUCAAUCGCUACAAUAUCCAGGCUGCUUCCCUCAUCCCACCGAGACAAACGAUCGCAUGGAAAGACAUUGCCGAAUACAGUUUCCUUGGCGAGUUUGACCUUCUGCGUGACUCUCGUACUGACAUCCAAGACAAGGAUUGGGCAAGGCCAGCUCACCGUGAGGCGACUACAAAGUACUUCAAGCUCUGCCGAGCUCGCGAAGAAAUUAUUCGACUCAAUAUUGAAAUUCGCCGGCUCCGAACUGCUAUCCACGAUGAAACCAUUGACACGUCUGCCGUUAUCGACGAACUUCUUGUAGCUAACCCUUUGCUUGCUGCCGAGUUGAAACGCCAGUGGCGCUCACGGGCGGCUAUCAACGCUGUGCACACAUAUCGGUUAGAUCAGAUUGAGAGACUAUUUGGAUUCUCUGGUAUUAGUGGCAUUGGAACUCGCCUUGCGAAUCCUGCGUUCAGCAGACCAGUCAAUACCAACGGUGCUAGUUCCGGUGAGUGUGGAUCUUUAACUACCUAUAUCGCAUUAAUUCUCGCCACAGCACAAGCAGAGAAUCCUGAUUCUUCUGCGUUGGAAUUCCAUGAUAUUGAAGCCCUUGACCGUGAAGAGCACGAAGUGGUCACCGAAGACAUGGCUGAUUUUUUGUACUCAAUAAACGACUGA